AUGUCCAUGUUCCGCUCGGCAGCCGACCUGUCCUCGAGCUCUGAUUCUGAGUCUCAAUCGGACUCUGAAGGGAAGCAGAUUCAACACUCAGGCUCUUCUACUCCACGCUACUUGGCUCAAAGCCAGUCCCACAGCCCACACAAAGGCAAGAGCAGCCAACCCCCGAGGGAGUCAGAAUCCACAGACCCAGAUUCUUCAGUAUCCUUCGACGAUGGCCACAGGUUACCCCAAGAGAUGGUUGACCUGAACGUCGACCAGCACGCGAAUGUGAUGACAGCUGCCCUUUUGGAAUUUUACUGUCAAAGUCGAGCCGCAGAUAUUCUCAAUGCCCAACGUGGCUCAAGCAAAAAGUUUAGCCGACAAAGUCCAGAGGCUCAAUACCUUGGUAAGAAGCUAUACAAAUUCAAGUCUCAAUUCCUGUCAUCACAUGGCAUCCUGGCCGAUGGCAUUGACAGAGAGGACAUGGGUCCAAGCAGACAGACCUACCGUGAUAAUCUUGAUUUGCUUGGAUUAUCUGCCCUUGAAGAAAUGAACAUCCAUGACCCCAAUGUCCGGUCUCCUACAAUUGGACCGGGGGAAGAAGAGUUUGCUCUGACCGCAAAGUCAUCAAUCAAACGGCCCGACUUUGUAAACUCCGAGGCUCCGGCUUUGGUCCGGCGCAGAACCGAACCGAACUAUGCAUUUGACAACAAAUUGCAUCCUGGCCGAAAGGUCGAAUUCUUGCCUCCCAUUCCUGACAUUCCAAGAAACCUCUCUCAUCCUUCAAUUCCUUUCUUUGGCAGUUCACCUGUUGGUGUCCCGCUUAUUCACCCCACAACCACGCCGACGAGCACCGAAUCGAGAUAUUCCAGCGAUUUCGAUGAGCUCAAGAUUCUGGGACGUGGAUCUUUUGGCGAAGUGUACCACGUCACAAACCUUUUCGAUGGCCAAGACUAUGCCGUCAAGAAAAUCCCACUCAGUCAAAGACGGCUUGAGCAGCUGCAAUUCGGGGGUCAGAAUCAACUGGAGGUCAUCAUGAAGGAGAUUCGAACCCUUGCUCGCCUUGAUCACGCGAACAUCGUUCGGUAUUUCGGAGCAUGGGCCGAGCAAGCGCAUCAUGCAUACCCGCAGCCAGCCGAAUAUCACCCAGCUCACGAAACCUUCGAGUCGUCACGGGAAGAUUUACCCCUGCCAGAAUCACCAAAUGAGCCAAGCUUGGGGAUCGUGUUUGAACAUUCUGAAACCUCGAAUGCAGAAUCUCAGCCCAGUUCUCUAACCGAGGACCAUAGUUUCUCUGAGAGCAUUCGACGUUGGGAUAGUCACGCUACCAGCUCGUCUCGCCAAUCAAAGAAGAGCUCACGAAGAGGGUGGGAGGACGAGGACGAAGACAUCGAGUCUAUCCCCCGCAAUUUUGACAACACUUCAUAUGGCCAGACAUCGACGUUUGGAGAAACUGACGACAUUUUCACCGACGGCCUGAGUCAGGAUCAAUCAAAACUUCAAAUCCAAACACGUUGCAGACCUGGCCAUCAACCACCAGCCGUCAUUCUCCACAUUCAAAUGUCACUCCAUCCCAUAUCACUUGGAUCUUACCUCAAUCCUCAGGGUCUUUCCAAAAACGACGAGGACUCGAUUGCCAGGCGCCAUUGCUUCCACCUAAUACCCUCAUUGAAGCUUUUGUUAGAGGUUAUCUCUGGUGUUGAGUAUGUUCACGCCAAAGGUAUUGUGCACCGGGACCUGAAACCAGCCAACAUAUUUUUGUCGGCCCCGGAAAGUACCACACCAGACAUCUGUGUCGCCUGCAGCUCAAGCGAGGCUUCUCCAAUCCAAUUCUGCUCUCCCCGGAUCGGUGACUUUGGUCUCGUGGCGGACAUCUCCAACGUCAAUGAAGCAACUUCAGGAACUGUCACACCUUACAGAGAAAGUCCGAAUAUCCAGCGGGUGGUUGGGACUGAAUUCUAUCGCCCUCCAGCCUCUGUAUCCUCAAUUCCAAGCGACCCAGAAUCGCCGGUGGACUGUGUUGAUGUUUACAAGAUUGAUGAGAAGUUGGAUGUUUAUGCGCUCGGUGUUAUUUUGUUCGAGACAAUAUACCGCUUGAACACCAAGAUGGAAAGGCAAUUCGUCUUGCGAGACUUGACUCGUGGGUCAAGCCAAGACUCCUCCGAGCACACCACCUUCCCAGCCGACUUUGCUGCCAAGAUCGACCAUGGUUCGAUGACUCUGGAUGAUGGCGUCACAGUCGCGGAAUCUCUGAUGAAAUGUAUCAAGGGUAUGCUGGAACCACGAUCGCAAGAUCGUUGGAGCUGCCAGGACGUCAAGGAACAUCUGCGGGCGCUCAAGAAGGCAGUUCGUAGAUUUGAAGCAUCGUGA